AUGCAAAUUUUGCAUUUUGAUAUUAAGCCUCACAAUAUUCUUCUGGAUGAGAAUUUUGUUCCUAAAGUUUUAGAUUUUGGGCUAGCAAGACUAUGUCCAUUGGAGGAAAGCAUUGUGUCCUUAACUGCAGCAAGAGAAACUAUUGGAUACAUAGCACCAAAAUUGUUUUACAAAAACAUUGGAGGAGUUUCUUACAAAACUGACGUUUAUAGCUUUGGAAUGUUGCUAAUAGAAAUGGCAAGUGGAAGGAAGAAUUUAAAUGCGAAUGCAGAGCAUUCAAGCCAAAUUUACUUUCCUUCUUGUGUUUAUGACCAAUUUAGUGAAGGACAUAACAUAGAAAUGUUGGAAGAUGCAACUGAGGAGGAAUCAAAAAUUAUAAAAAGGAUCGUGAUAGUAGCACUAUAUUGCAUACAGUUGACAUCGAGUGAUCGCCCAUCAAUGGACAAGAUCGUAGCGAUGCUUGAAAGAGAAUUUGAAUGCUAG